AUGGAUGAACAAUUGAAUAACAUCCAAGAUAUUGAUAUUAACAGCCCCGACUUUUAUGAAAGAGUUCAAAGCGAAAUAGAAUUCGACACUGCUCGAAUGAAGAAAAAUGUUGAAAUUAUUAUGAAUUUACGCUUGGAAGCUGCAGAAAUAGAGGUGGAAACAGCAGCUUUAUUCCACGCUGAGAUUUGGUACGAUAUGCUAGACAAACCCGAGGAUCCUGAUCCCGAUGACGAUUUCUUGGAAAAUGACAAUGACGAAACUAGUGAAAAUCAAAAUAUUGAAGAUGAUGCAUCUGUCGCAACUUGA